GCUUCCGGCUGCACCCCGCUCAGCUCCCUCCUGGAUGUGUCCGGGUUCCGCUCCGGCGACCUGGAGCCGCCGGAACCUGAAAGGCUAUGGCUGUUGUGGGUUCUGUGAGGGCGGCAUUGCAGGUGGCCGAAGUGUUAGAAACCAUCGUGAGCUGCUGCUUGGGGCCCGAAGGGCGGCAGAUUCUGUGUACGAAGCCCACUGGCGAGGUGCUGCUCAGCCGGGACGGAGGCCUCCUCCUGAAGGCGCUGCAUUUAGAGCAUCCCAUAGCCAGGAUGAUGGUGGCAUGUGUUUCCAGUCAUCUAAGAAAAACAGGAGAUGGUGCUAAAACAUUUAUUAUCUUUCUUUGCCACUUACUCAGAGAAUUCCAUGCAAUCACAGACAAAGAAAAGGAUUCUUUAUUUUUCAAAAAUAUUCAAACCCAUGGAAGGCAUUGGAAAAAUUGUUGUCAGUGGAAAUUUAUUUCCCAAGCUCUUCUAACAUUUCAGACACAAGUAUUAGACUAUGUUAUGGAUCAUUACUUAAGUAGACACUUUUUGUCCAUCUUUUCUUCAUCCACUAAAAAGAGAACAUUGUGUAGAAGUUCUUUAGAGAUGCUCUUAGAAGCAUUUUUUUGUGGAAGAGUGGGAAGAAAUAAUCACACCUUUAUUUCACAGUUGAUGUGUGACUACUUUUUCAACUGUAUGUCCUGUGAAAGUGAAUUUGAAGAAGUAUUUGAGUUAGUCGAUGACUGUUUUGUUGAGUUGAAAGUUGGUGUCACCGGCCUUCCUGUUUCCGAUUCCAGGAUCAUAGCUGGGCUUGUGCUUCACAGAGACUUUUCUGUAUACUGUCCAGCAGAUGGUGACAUAAGAAUAGUGAUAGUAACUGAAACCAUUCAGCCUCUUUUUUCAACUUCUGGAUCAGAGUUUAUUCUAAAUUCAGAACAACAGUUUCAGACAUCUCAGUUUUGGAUUAAAGAAAAGACAAAAGCAAUAGUGAAACAUUUACAGAGUGAGAAUGUAAGAUUGCUCCUAUCUAGUGUGAAGCAACCAGACUUAGUAAUUUAUUAUGCAAGACUGAAUGGCAUAUCCGUGGUGGAGUGUUUAUCAUCUGAAGAACUUUCUCUUAUCCAGAAGGUCACUGGUAUUGCUCCCUUUGUACUACCACAGGCCUCUUCACAGUAUGAAAUCUCUAAUACUGCUUUGGUGAAAUUUUGUAAGCCCCUUAUCCUUAGAUCCAAAAGGUAUGUUCAUCUUGGCUUGAUUAGCACAUGUUCAUUUAUACCACACUGUAUAGUACUUUGUGGACCAGUGCAAGGUCUUGUUGAACAACAUGAGGGUGCUCUACAUGGAGCAUUUAAAAUGCUUCGGCAGUUAUUUAAAGACCUUAAUCUAAAUUAUGUGACACGAGCAAGUGACCAAAAUUGUACAUCAAGUACUAAUGUUUAUAAGAAUAGUAGAGAAAGAAAUCAGUUAUCAGAAAUUGUUAACAGCUCAGUUCAAAGGCCAUAUCAGGGCACAGUUGUAAAGAAUGAAGAUGAACUGGCAAAAACUCAUUCAUAUUCAAAAGUAUGUUCAAAUUUGGUAGUUCCAGGUAUAGAAUUAGAAACAUACAUACCAUGUUCAAUACCGGAAGUGAUGCCAGCAAAUACAUACCAGACAGAUGAAACAUUGAGAUAUUUAUCUCCAGACAAAGCCAAGAUAAUCGAUGACCAUGAACCAUUUAUUGAGAGUGAUUCUGCUAACUCAAGAACAGAAAAUACUAGGAUAGAAAUUUCCUUUGAAAAUGUACAGGUCACAAAAAUUGCUGAAAAGAGGAGUAUAUUACCAGUGAGAUAUAAGUCAUUAGAAAUGAGUGCUUCCCAGAGUUACUGUUUCUCAUGUAUACCAGCUGGUUGUGUUUUGCCAGUGGGUGGUAAUUUUGAGAUCUUACUGCAUUACUAUCUUCUCAACUAUGCCAAAAAAUUCCAGCAAUCAGAGGAAACCAUGGUUAGUAUCAUAAUAGCUAAUGCACUAUUAGGCAUUCCCAAAACCUUGUAUAAGUCUAAGAAAGGAAAUAAAUGUUUCCCACAAAUAUAUACAAGAGCUCUCCAUGCACUGCAAACCAAUCAACCCAUGGUAAGCAAUCCAGCAGGUUUGGAAUCAGUUGCUGGUAAAUACCAGUUACUAACUUCAGUUCUUCAGUGUUUGACAAACAUUUUAACCAUUGAUUUGGUAAUCAAUAUUAAGAGACUACCGCAGGAAAUUUAUGAUGAAGAUUCAGAAGAAGAACUAUAAAAUUUGGAGUGUUUUAUUAGCAAAGUUAUCCAACUCAAACCAUAAAACAAAGCAGGCAUGUGACCACUGAUUCUCAAAUCAAUUCAGUCCAGUUAGACAAACAGCAUAAAUUUAAAAGUCUUUAGAAAAGUAUACAAGGCCAUUGGACAUUCAGGCAGAAAUAUUAGAUACUACAUUAUUGGAACAGUUUUGGGGAGGAAGCCUUCUGGAUGAGUGAAGCCAAGAUCUGAGUAAGUGUCUUUCUUCCCCCUCAGUAAUCCUCUGCCUCAGAUCUGUGUUAGUCUGUAUGUUUGGGGAAGGGUGUUUCUUUAUCAUUUUUACUUUUCUGUAUCUUUUUUCAUUCCUCAUCUCUCUUGCCUCUUCUCUCUUGCCUUUAUGUAUUUAGUUAAUAGAACAAUUUAAUCUCAGAUUUGGAUGAGGUCUUCAAAUGCCAUUCUGCUUUGUUUGUAACAUAAAGCAUUGUUUGUAUCAUUUAAAAUAAUUUAUUUUUGGGAGUUCCCAUUGUGGCUCAGUGGUUAAGGAAUCUGACUAGGAACCAUGAGGUUGCAGGUUCAAUCCCUGGCCUUGCUCAGUGGGUUAAGGAUCUGGCGUUGCCAUGAGCUGUGGUGUAGGUUGCAGGCGGGGCUCGGAUCCCAUGUUGCUGUGGCUCUGGUGUAGGCUGGCGGCUACAGCUCCAAUUAGACCCCUAGCCUGGGAACCUCCAAAAAAUAAAAAUAAAUAAAUAAAUAAAUAAAUAAUUUAUUUUCCCUGCCCAUAAUUCUGAAGCAGUGAGUAAAUGUCUCAUUUUUUCCCCUCAAAUAGCAUAUAAAUAAAAUUAGUUUUUAACUCUUAUGUGGCCCCUUGUUUAUUUCCAUUUCAUGAGGAAAAUCCUGGAUAGAUUUUUUUCGCCAUCUGUAAACCAUUGAGUGUAUUACCUGAAAUAUGACUCUGUGCCUUAUAAAAUUAUUUUCAUUUCUUUAGUUGAAAUUUAAUUCCAGAAAGGGCAUAAAAUUCAUACUAUCAUUUUCUUCUGUCCCCCAAGAGCUUGCAAAAAUAAUUCAUAUAUUUGCUGAUUUUUAUUGUAUUUGGUGCAUAGACAGAGUUCAAUAGUAGCAAAUAAUCUGAGAAUUACAGUCCAUUCUGCAUCCAUGGAUUCAACCAACUGUGGAUUACAAUAUUCCAGGGAAAAAAAUUCCUGAAAGUUCCAAAAAGCAAAACUUUAAUUUGCCAGGUGCACUGGCAGCUACUUAGCAUUUAUAUUAUGUUAGCUAUUAUAAGUAAUCUAGAGAUGAUUUGAAGUGCACAAUGUGGUGUGCAUAGGUUAUAUGCAAAUGCUGUGCUAUUUAUAUAAGGGACUUGAGCAUCCACAGAUUUUGGUGUCCACAGUGGGGUUUCUGGAACUAGUCCCUCUUGGAUACUGAGAGACAGCUGUUUUUCCAAAAUAAAUUUUUUAAUGUAUAUAUUUUAUUUUAAAGGUUUAUAAAUGAAAAUACUAUUGUGCAUCUAGCCAUGAAUAAGGACAGUGUCUUCUGCUUUUAGUAGUUCUCUGUAACACCCAAGGCAGUGGUAUGUUUAUACCAAGAAUUGAGAAGUGCUUGUUGAAUAAAACUGUUAUCUUUAAUAUGUUCUAAUUACAUGUUUCCAGUUUACUAAUUCAGCAAAUUCUUACUAAGCGCUUACUAUGUGCCAGAUACUUAACAUACCACAGUAAACAAGUAGAUUUGGUUCCUACCUUCACGCACCUUUCGUCAGAGGUUAAUGGAUAGUAGAUAGUGAUACUUAGAUGAUUUGAAUCACUGUAUUACCUCUGGGAGUUGCCUGGAUUUAGCUGGACAUCUUUCACUGUAUUCUGUUGGUUGAGGCAGCAGUAUAAAGUUCAGCUGAAGUUUAAGGGGAGGGAACACAAGCCCUACCACUCAAUGGGAAAUGUCAGUAUCACAUUAUAGAAGAGCAUGUGGGAUAAGAUAUAUUGAGGCAGCUCACUGGAAAAUAGAAUCUGAUACACCAUAGGAGAGAACAGAGGACAACUUAUCAGCUGAGUUUUGUAUUGUUUCUGAAGUUACAUAUCAAUAUACCUCCCACAAACACAUUUUUCCCAAUAACUUUUUAUUAACAAUGUACCAAUUUCUUUCCCCAAUAACUUUUAUGAACUCCUUAUGUUUUCUCAUUGGAUCAGUACAAGCCAUUUUUAUUCCUAAAACAAUAGACAUUAAAUAGUUGAUCAUCCUUGAACUGUUUUAACCAGGGGGCUAUUUAACCUUGUUACACUGGAGUGUCGUGGUAUCCAUGUUUUAGACUAAGAGGGAUGGGGUACAGCAAUGCAGUUUGAGCCUGAACUUUUGUCAGAAAUUACUCAUCACCUCCCAAAAGGAAUAGAAUAUGUUUUUCCCAUCAUCACAGCACAGCAGAGAAAACAAAAACUACAGUUUGGCAGAGGGCAGGGUAACGACAAUGUGUGUGUGUGUGUGUGUAUCAGCUUUGUUCAUAGCAAGAGACUGGUAACAACCUAAACUCUAGAUAGAACACAAACUAAAUGGGAUAGGGACAGUGAUUAGUGGAGGAAAGGUGUGUAGGGAAGAGGUAGACAGGUGAUUUCUCAGUGUAUAGCUUAUGCCAUUUUGAUUUUGGAACCAUUUGAAUACUACUUAUUCAAAUGAAAUAAAUUUUUUAAAAAUAGAGAAAACACAUUUUUUUUUCUUUUCUAGAGCCUCACCCGUGGCAUAUGGAGGUUCCCAGGCUAGAGGUCUAAUCAGAGCUGUUGCUGCUGGCCUCUGCCACAGCCACAGCAACACCAGAUUGGAGCCGAGUCUGCGACGUACACCACAGCUCCCGGCAACACUGGAUCCUUAACCCGCUGAACGAGGCCAAGGAUCGAACCCACAACCUCAUGGUUCCUAGUCAGAUUUGUUAACCACUUAGCCACAAUGGGAACUCCGAGAAAACACAUAUAGAAUGCCCGCCCCCCUAGUAGUGACAGAGUAAUAAGGAUCCUGAUCUAAGGAAUUGCAAGGUCAUGGAAGAAAAACCAUGUAAGAGACACAGGAAUGGAUCAGUAGUAUUUUACAACAGAAAAGUGAUACAAUUAAAAGUGGGAAUAUUCUCUUAGCUGUACCUGGCUAGGGGUUUUCUCAACAAUUCUGAAAACAUUCUCCCUUAGCAGGCUACUUACUCCAAGCCAAGGAAGUGCUGGCAAGCAAUGUGGCUUUCAUUUCCUCAACAAUUUCCAGUCAUGGGUCUGGCUUCCCCUUCUGCAGACUCAGCAUCAGAUUUUGUCAGCUCAUUGAGAACGGCUGUCUCAAGGACUGACUCAAACCAAACUUGUGAGUGUGGUCAAUUUAUUUACAACGAGUAUUGUCCCAGGAACUAGAAUAUUCCAUGUCCAUCUGAUCAGCCUUUAUGUAUAGAUCUAUAUAUGGGAAGUCAAAUGAUCAGGUGGUUGCUCAAUAAGCAUGGAAUCAGAACAAGAGAAAUCAAAUUAACUUCCUGAGCCUCCUCCCAGCCAGUUAUGGUCCAGUUCCCCAGUGCUCAGUCCUCAGUCUUCACCUAUAUUUGGUUCCUACGGGAUCCUAUCCAGUUCUGUAACUUGAGUACCACUCCAUGCUGAUGAUUUUAAAUUUUGUAUUUCCAGUCAGUCAUUCUCUGAACUCCCAACUCAUUUAUGCAACUCCCAACCUAGUCUCCACAUGGAUGCUUAACUUGUCCAAAAUAGGACCUCUAUUUCUCAUCCCCUAAACCUGGACCUUACCCUGCUGUCCAAUCUCAGUUAAUGGCAUCACCAAUUUCCCACUUACUUGGGACAAAAUUCUGAAAGACACCUUGGCUCCAGUCUUUCCUUCAGAUCCCACAGCUAGUCCACGAGCAAUCCUGCUGGCUCCACAUAUAAAGUAGAUUUUCCAAUCCACUCAUUUCUCAUGAUUGCCUUUCCAGCCCAAAUCACUUCAUCUCUCUCACCUGCAACAGCCUCCUAAUGCUCUUCUUUGCUUGUCUCACCUUGAGUGUGAUUUCCCAUAAACUUUUUAUUUAAAAAUUUUUAACCCCCCCCCAAAAAAAAGUUGGAAAAAGAGCAGAACAAACUCCCAUAUACCCUUCAUCUAGUUCCACAAAUUACUGUUUUACCUUUGUGCGUGCACACACACAAACACACAUUUUAUUGAACUAUUUGAAAACAAGUUGUAUUCCUAAAUACAUCGGUAUAUAUUUCCCAUGAACAAGGAUUUCACUUACAUGACUGAAUGAUGUUUUUAAAAUGCAUAUCCUGUCAUGUCAUUCUUCUCCUCAAAGUCCUCUAAGGUUUUUCCUUCACAGAGGAUGAAAUCCAAAUUUAUUGUAGUCUACAGGGCCGUAUGUGAACUGUCCUUUGCUUAUCCCUUAAACCUCAUCUCCUACCACUCUCAUCUACCUUUCUCCCUACCAGGUACACUAUCAGUCAGGACAAGUUAGGCCACACUGAGGUAACAAAUAACUCCAAAUCUCAGGAGGCUUAACAGUACAAAUUGAUUUCUUGCUCACAUUCAUGUCUGUUAAAAGUCUGAUUGGAACACUGACCCCACACUGUUUUCGUCAUCAUUCCUAGAAAGGCUAAUGGAGUAGCCACUAUCUUGAGUGUUACCAAUCAUGCCAGAGGGAGAGAAAAAAAGAGAUCUAGAGGGUCUUGUGUUGGCUCUGUUCAUAGCUGGACAUGUCAUUUCUGCCUACUGUCCAGAAUUAGUCACAUGGUGCUAUCCAUCCUCAGAAGAAGCAGGUAGUACAAUCCUACCUUGUGCCUGGAAGGAGAGAGAACCAGAACAUUUGGCACACAGCACAAUGGCUUCCUUUCUGUCCCUUGAACACAAAAGUUCAUUCCAGUCUCUAAGCUUUCCAUUUGCUAUUCUGUCUUCUUUAAACUCUUCCCCUCUGAUCUUCAUAUGGCUCACUUCCUCACUUUAUUCAUGUAUCUCUGCUUUAUUGUCACCUCCAGGGUACCUUUCUUGACCUUUCAGUCUAAGAUAAUAUCAUAUUGCUUCCCCAUGCCCUCCCUUGUUCCCUACUUCCUACCUGGUUAAGCUCUUUUUGAAGCACAUAUCUGAUGUUAUUAGUGUGUGUGUUUAUUUUUUGUAUUGACUGCGUUCUCCACCAUAAUGUAAACCCCAUGAGGACUCCAACUUUUUCACAUCUAUAUUUCCAGCAUGUAGGAUAGUGCUAGGUUAAGUAGGCACUCAAUAAAGUUUAGUGAAUGAAUGAUUGAAUAGAAGUGAACCAAUUGAAAGAAUGACUAAGUUUCCCUUCUGAGUGGUGAUGGGAUAGAUCCAACCAGAUUUGGCCUCAAUGACUAUUUUAGUUUCCCACACCACCUAAACUCUGAUGGAUCUAAUUUUUUUCUUAUUAUUAAACUACUAAAUCACUGCAGAGUCUAUCAGCCUGGGAGCCAUUCUUUUUCUUUCAGAUGACUUAGGACGUCUCUGUCCUAAACAGUCUUUUGGCCAUUUUAAAGAGUAGCUCUCAGUAGGAAAUUUUAUUCCCAAGUCUGUGCCGAAAGCCUCCCUGUAGCCUUAUGUAUUGAUGACAUGUUGUAUUUUGGUUGAAUUGAAUUUAUGCUUAGGUUGACAGUAUGGCACAUAUGCAUAAUGCUUGCAGUCUCUGUUGUUUACAACUAUUUCUUUGGAUGUUUUUAUUUAGCUUCAAGUAAAAUCCCAAUCAAUUAUAAAUAGAUAUUUGGGUGAAAAACCCCUGAUCAUAGCAACCAAAGUUCUUGUGCCCAGAUUAAACACAGGUGUGCUCCAAGAAACUACCUAUGGAGGUUUCCAUUAUUUGUCUCCCACUAUAGAAAAAUACCUGCAGCAACAAAUGUUGAGAAGGGGAGAGGGGGCUCCAUGGUAUAUUUAAUCUUAAUGCAUAUUCUAAAAGUAUGUUUAUGCAAAACUUUUGGGGACUUGACUUGUGUUUCUGUCACAGUUUGCACAUCAUUUGUACCUAAUAAACUCCUAUAUUAAAUUCU